GCACACAAGAGCAGAAAACUCCCACUGCAACACUGCCAAGCGAUGUAGAGAUACUUCUGCUCUAAACACCUGCUUUGAACUAAUUACAGGAUUUAGACUUUACUAGACUUUCUACACAAAGCAUCAAAAAAACUUUGCAAAGAUGAUUUCUGCAUGUCUGGAGAUUAUUGGACUUGGCUUGAGCGUCACCGGGACCCUUUUGGUGAUGGUGGCUUGCGGGCUGCCCAUGUGGAAAGUGUCUGCCUUCAUCGAGGGCAACAUUGUGGUGGCGCAAAACAUCUGGGACGGGCUGUGGAUGUCCUGCGUGGUCCAGAGCACGGGUCAGAUGCAGUGCAAAAUGCACGACUCCGUCCUGGCGCUGACCACUGACCUCCAGACCGCUCGUGCUCUGACGGUCAUCUCAGCGGUUUUGGGCGUCCAGGCUCUGAUGAUAACCAUCGCCGGCGCUCAGUGCACCAACUGCAUCAGUAAAGAGUCCAUCAAAGCCAAAGUAGUCAACGUCGGAGGGGUGAUAUACAUCAUCGCAGGCUUGUUUGUGCUGGUGCCUCUGUGCUGGAUGGCCAAUAACAUCAUCUCGGACUUCUACGACCCUCACGUGCCUUAUGCAAAGAAGAGAGAAAUCGGAGCUGCGCUCUACAUCGGGUGGGCAGCAUCUGCCAUGCUUCUGGUCGGAGGAGUGAUUCUGUGUUUCUCUCGUCCAGCUGAUGAGAAAUCCUCGUAUCCUCUAAAAUAUGUUCCUCCACCUAUGAAAAGCACAUCAGUCAAUGGGGACUAUGAUAAACGAAACUACGUUUGAACUUCAACGUUCAACCAUAGACUUUUUAAGGCUGUAAACUGCAUAUUGCGGUAGCUCACCAACAAUCUUUUGUUUAAUUCAAAAACAAGAUUUUUAUACGAAAAUGAAUUUUUAGGUGCUGUAACUGUGCUGAAAUGUUUUUUUUUUACGUACAAAUAUUGUAUGUUCAUUAAAACGCAAUGUCAUUUUGAAAAAAAAACAUGUUUAAAAUUGUUUUGUCACUCUGCAGCCAACUUCCCAUGCAACAAGUCUUGUACCAAACUUACCGGACUUUCAGAUAAUCAACUGACAGAAUGUAUAAACUUUAACUGUAUGUAUGUAUGUAUAAACUAUUUUUAAUUAUAUUGUUCUGUCUUUAGCUCGUUUAACAGUAUGUCACGGUUAUGAUGAAUUAGAUGUAAACGGGUAUUUUUGUCUUAGUUACUGAUAUUAGGGUCGGCGGCCCACUUGUUUGCAUUUGAUUUUAAUCACUCUGGCUGAAGGGGGGUGAAGGGAGGGUCUAUAUUUCUUGUUUUUGUUCCACUUGAUGAGAGUGCACUAAUUAGAUACGCUCUGUGCCCCAAUAAGACACUGAAUAAUGCCUAUUGUUCUGCCUAUAGACUCCAGGCUGCAGCUUUACAUGAGACUGUUUUGAUCAUCUAAACCUCCUGAUUGUACAUAAUUGUAUGAAACUGUUUUUUAGUAAAUCUGUGCAUAUUCAAAGUAAUAAAAAAAGUUUU